CUUGAAUUCUGUUGUAUAGUAAUUACGUAGCAUUACACUGUUUCCACAGAAUGUCGCACCGAACAGACUGAUUCUGAUACGACGGUAUGAUUCUGAUACCGUAUCAUAAUAAAAGUACGCUACAGCUGCCCAGGUCUCCAGUCAAUUGUGAGAAGUUUGGAGUUGCGCAUGUUGCGCUUAACGAAUACCUAACCUUUAUUUCCGAUUUCGAAUUAUACCUAUUUGCGCCACAUGGCUUCGGAUUCCAUUGAGAUAAGCCCUCAACCAGCCGCUACACUCUUCUUGGAUUUCAACCCGGCAUUUAUUCGGGCAGCGGCUGAAUUACCAAAUGGACAUAUUCAGCAGCUAAAAUUCAAAGGCUAUCAAGAACUUUCUACUUACGUCUACUUGCAUUAUGGUACAACGGAGGAGCACCUUGCUGAACCGGAAUAUCCUACACACCCAAGGGCUCCAUACCAACUUCCGGGGAAAUUUUGCAGUCCCUUAAUACUGUUAAGCAGCGACAGAGUUUACGGAAACAGAAACGCUCUAACGACACCACUUUCAACAGAAUAUGGGAAUGCUUUCGACAGUAAAUGCCUGAUCGUUUCACAGUGUAAAGGAUUAUCAGACCUUAGCAGCAACAGCCUUCAUUAAUUUUUAGCCUUACUUUCGAUCCAUUAUCGGCAUUGAAAUUCUCCAACUCGCACGAUAAUAUUGUACAUCUGAAUCGUCAGUUCAUGACCAAACUACUAACGGCAUGUCAACAGCAAAUCGGGGAAAGCUGCACGAUUGCGAACUGCAUCAUUGCCUCAUAUAAUGUAGCGCAUUUUGAACAAUGUUUGCGAGAAGUGCUUCGUCAUGCCGAUUUUAACCGAAUGCGGUUCACAUUUAUAGAACGCCUGCAAGGGGAGAUUAGCAAUUUAAUCUGGCGAUUUCCGCGAUUAUCGCAACGCCCUACCACCGUCGCUGUAUUGCGAAUGAACGCGAGAUUUUCCAGAUGUUUUAUCUAUUCAGUGCAACCUGUUAGCUGCCAGGUGAUCACGCACUCCGAAAUAAAUUUUGGCGGAAAUGACAUCGACAUGACUGUGUUUAACUACUGUCUUGAUGAGUUCCGUAACAAUCAUUUUGCGAAGAGCGUUCGUUUCCCUCGAAGUAGCUUACAGCGUUUACUGCAGAACUGUGAGAGAGGUAAAAUUGCGUUGUCCUCCUCCAGAUGCGUCAUGAUUCGCGUGGAGAGUUUCUAUAGAAGAAUAGAUUUAGCUGUGACUCUGACCCGUGCUACGUUCAAUCACCUUAUCCUCGAUCGCUGCCUGGAUAUUGUCAGACAGUUUGCUGUCAAGAUCUGGGAUGUUGUCUGGCCGGACAUUGGGAAAAUUUCCCCACUGAAAACACAAAUGGCACUUGAAGGGCUUGAUAGCAAAGCUCCGAUAUUUUCUACGAAGACCGGUAACUCUUUUCAGCUAAUGCCACCGCAGACGCAUGAUAAGUUUGAACUGUUUCUGUUGGGAAAAAUUACCAGAAUCCCGCUUCUGCAACGACUUACAAGGACAAUGCUGAAAAAGCCAAAUGUAGCGGAAAGCACCAUUUGGGAUGAACUAGUAAUAGGUGGCUUGAAAGCUACUUGUGGUUCCCGUGAUACCGGGUUAGAUUUGCAUAGUGACGCUCCAGAUACAGCACCAAGCGUAGCCCUAGCGCGUGGAUUUUCGGGGGCGUUGCUUAGCAGAAAUUUUGAUGCAUACGGCAGUACUUGCACGUACCAUUACGAUCCUAAUACGGACUGGAUUGGUCAGGGAUCAUUCGGUGCUGUAUAUAAAGCCACCAUUCAAAAGCGGGGUGAUUUUACCGGGUCAAACACCGUUGCUGUCAAAAAGAUGUUUAUGGCGAAUCCCAAAAAGCGAUCUGCUGCAUGGGAAACCGACGGCAGUUUUGGAGAUAACAUGCAUAGAUGGAAGACUUUACUGACGCUGAACCAUGAGCGGUUAGUUUCAUAUCACAAGAUCGUUCAUGGACGUUUGCCGACUGGUGGAGAGACUCUCGAAAUAAUGAUGGACUACUUUCCAGAUGGUGAUUUGGCUGGCUUUAUUGACGUCUCCUCAAGAAGCAGAGAAAGCUUUUCAGUAACAAAUGUAGUAAAUUUUGGACGGCAAAUCGCGGAAGGUCUGGUAUUCCUCCAUGAUAAUAAUAUCAUUCACGGAGAUUUAAAACCAGCUAAUGUACUUAUCCGACGAACUAAGGCAAGCGAGACUAACUUAUACAUCGCUGAUCUAGACGGACAAAUCGUCAUGGCUCAGGGAGAAACAUGCACCAAAGACGUUACGCACAUCCACGGAACGGCACGCUACAUGUCACCCGAGAUGGUGAGAACAUUUCUAGUCGGUGAGAGCCAGAAACCCGGUCGGAAAACCGAUAUCUGGAGUCUGGGUUGUGUAUUGGUGGAACUACUGGACUGCCACUAUAAAGUGGAAGAGACAUGGCUGUGUAGAAAAGUAGCCGACGCAGUUGCUGAAUACUUCAGAUCACUGGAAAAAGUAGGAAUUUCACUAUCUUGCACAAAAUUGCAGAUGGAUUUGUGCCCAUUGUGGAAUGCGAUGACCGGCACAUCAGUGACACGAUACAAAGAUGCCUUUGUGAAAAUAGUAGUAAUCGAAUUUCUUCUUCGGAUUUACUGCACACGCUAAACCGCAUUUACACCAUUACUGUGCACACCGGGUCUCCUGCGUUUCUACAAAAUAAUUGGGAGGCAGACCCGAGUUGAGCUUUGUAGAACGCCGGAUUUCUUAUAAAUUUCAUUAACAGAGUUGCCGGCUCAAGCUCUCAUUUAAACAAAUUAUUUGCCUCGCAGUG